AUGGCAGCAGUCAGAGAUAGCUUUCUCGACCUCGAAAGACAUCGCUUGCAGUUGGAGGACAACAUUGCCAAGCUGCAGAAGGCCUUGCUGCACUGGCAAAAAUGGGAUGCAGAGUAUGAGUCCUUGAAAGAGGAGAUAGAGUCUGUCCCCCAACCUGCCAGUCGAGAGGAUCUUGCGCGCAUUCGCAGGGACUUCGAGGGCGAGGUCGUUGACAAGAAGGAAAUCAACGACCUCUUUGGCCGCAUCGAUCUCAAGCCAGCCGAGCAGAUCGUCAACCUGUUGUCGCGACGUAUCGACUACGUAUCCAAGAACAUCGAGACGCUCGAAAAACAGCUCGAGUCUGCCAAACAGAAGCACGCUGCUGCCACUGUUGUCAGCAACCCAGAUGUCCGGGACGAAGAUGGUCUGCCUAUAACGGAGAUCAUUGAGGAGCUUGACGAAGAGGGCAACGUCAUCAAUAGCCGCUUGCAGCGGCCGGGCGACUCCAGCGCCCAGCUCAAGGAGAUCCUAGAAAAGGCAGGUGUCAAGGAUCUUCCCGCUGGGGGGCCUCGAGAACCCGAGAAGGAGGCCAUCGUCGAAGAUAUCUCUGACGAGCCCACCGCUGAGGUGCCUGAGACAUCUAUUACCGCGACGACUGCGCCAGCCGAGCAUGUCGCGGCUGCAACAGCAGCGGAGCCCGAGAGCAAGGCGGAUGACACUGUCGCCGUCAAGAAGUCUGUGUCUUUCGCCGAAAACACCAAGCCACCGACGGAGCCGCCGAUUCCGAGGGCUGCGCAGCGCGUGGAAGAAAUCAUGCGAACCGCCAAAGCUCAGGAAGAGUUUGGCCGCCAGCCGCCCGUUAUACCCGAGGACGAGUCCGAGGAAGAUGCUUUUCUCCGUCGAGAAAUGUUGAAGUACGGCAUGGAAGAAGUAGGAGCAGUGGUGGCCGAACUCAACCUCGAGGAAGGUUCUGACGAUGACGACGACUGGGAGUACGAGUACUCUGACCUCGACGACGACGACGAAGAGGACCAGUAUGGACGGUCCAAGACUAGCGUGCUCGACGAGGGAUACCACCAGCGCAUGUUGGAGCUCGAGAAGCGGCUCGGAGUCAAGUCUCGCUUCACUGAGAAAGUUGAGGCAGAGGCCGAUGAGUCCGACGACGACACGCAAGGCAUUGGCCGCAUUGUUGUGAACCACGGCGACAAGGGCAAGGCGGUGGAGUCUGCCAAGCCACCACCUUCCCCCUCAUCUAUCUUGCGCACUGCGCCGGCAGAGGCGGACGACAAAAAAAAGAGUGUUCGAUUUUCCCGGAGCCUGGAUGUCGCCCCCGAUACAGAAGUCCUGGCAACUACCGCGGCACCGGCUGUGGCGCAGGCUGCACCCGAGCCGUUCGUGGAGCCUUUGAGCGACAUUGUUGAGCGCUCUGGCCCUGCGAAGCAGACAGGAGCCAAGUCCGACCGGAAGGUGUCUCGUUUCAAGAAACAGAAGGCCGCCCCGACUGUCGUCGAGGACGGCCUUGUUCCCAUGGGCCCGCGCGACGUGCCCUCGCGGUUCCUCGACCAGGACAGACCGACGGCCCCGACUGGUCCUGAAGGGAAGACGCUGGCGGAUGCGAUCAUCGAGAAGGAGCCCAAGCCUCACGACCAAGACGCCUAUGAUGACGAGUUCAUCGACCAGGACCUUGCUGACGAGUACCACCGUCAACGACGUAAUUUCAUCCAGAAGCAAGGCGGCUUUCUGCAAGAAGAUACGUCUGUGGUCCGGCCCCUUGACGAAGCUGACGGUGGUCAGCGGAUCAGCAAGUUCAAGGCUGCUCGUCUCUCCAGGCAGUAA